GGGCCGCGGAGGAGGCGGGAGGGCCGGGCUGAAGCCAGCCUGCUCCCCGCCCCUUCCCGGUGCCGGUGCCCGGCCCUCGGUCCCCCCGGUCCUGUGUGGCGGGCGGCGCCUGUGGCGGGCGGAGGGGAGUUUCCAGGAAGUGGCCAUAUUGGAUCCAUUCAGCCGCAUCCACCCGCGGCGGGGAGAGCCGCGCUCCCGCCGCCGGAGCCCCGCCAGCCCCGGCCAUGGCCGCCACCGACCUGGAGCGCUUCUCGAAUGAAGAGAAGAGGAACCUUUCCCUGGGGGGCCAUGUCGGCUUUGACAGUCUCCCCGAUCAGCUGGUCAGCAAGUCUGUCACACAAGGCUUCAGCUUCAACAUCCUCUGUGUGGGUGAGACCGGCAUUGGGAAAUCCACACUAAUGAACACCCUCUUCAAUACCACGUUUGAGACGGAGGAAGCCAGUCACUAUGAGAGCGCAGUUCGCUUGCGGCCGCGGACCUAUGACCUGCAGGAGAGCAACGUCCACCUGAAGCUAACGAUUGUGGAUGCGGUUGGAUUUGGGGAUCAGAUAAAUAAAGAUGAAAGUUACAGGCCGAUAGUUGAGUACAUUGAUACGCAGUUUGAAAACUAUUUACAAGAAGAGCUGAAAAUCCGUCGAUCUCUCUUCAACUAUCAUGACACGAGGAUUCAUGUCUGCCUCUACUUCAUCACCCCAACCGGGCACUCGCUCAAGUCCUUGGACCUGGUGACGAUGAAGAAGCUGGACAGCAAGGUGAACAUCAUCCCGAUUAUUGCCAAAGCAGACACCAUCUCCAAGAGCGAGUUGCACAAGUUCAAGAUAAAGAUAAUGAGCGAGCUGGUCAGCAACGGCGUGCAGAUCUAUCAGUUCCCCACAGACGACGAAGCGGUCGCGGAGAUCAACUCUGCGAUGAACGGUCAUCUGCCCUUCGCUGUGGUCGGCAGCACGGAGGAGGUGAAAGUUGGGAACAAGCUGGUGAGAGCUCGGCAGUACCCCUGGGGAGUGGUGCAAGUUGAGAAUGAAAGUCACUGUGACUUUGUGAAACUGCGGGAAAUGCUGAUUCGAGUCAAUAUGGAGGAUCUUCGAGAGCAGACUCACACCCGUCACUACGAGCUGUACAGGAGGUGCAAACUGGAAGAGAUGGGCUUCAAGGACACGGAUCCAGACAGCCAGCCCUUCAGCCUCCAAGAAACAUAUGAGACCAAAAGGAAAGAGUUCUUGGGCGAGCUCCAGAAGAAAGAGGAAGAAAUGAGACAAAUGUUUGUUAACAAAGUCAAGGAGACGGAGGCAGAGCUGAAGGAGAAGGAGAGAGAGCUGCAUGAGAAAUUUGAGCACUUAAAAAGGAUACACCAGGAAGAGAAAAGGAAGGUGGAGGAGAAGAGGAGGGAGCUGGAGGAAGAGAUGAACGCCUUCAACAGGCGGAAAGUAGCGGUGGAAACCUUGCAGUCCCAAUCCUUGCAGGCUACCUCACAGCAGCCGCUGAAGAAGGACAAAGACAAGAAAAAUUAAUCACACACAGACUUUCAGGCCAAGAGUGGACUUGGUGCUUUCAUGUGUUAAGUUGCUUGAGUUUCCCACCCUGUGACCCUUCUCAUAACAUUGUGUGAGUGGACCAAAGUGAAAGAGAAAAUGAGCAUCUUCGAUGGUUGCAGUGUAACGACUCGCUGUUAUCUGUACAGAAUUUAUCAGGAGGUUUUAAGGAAGUAACCUUACCACGUACAGUUUGUUAAACUAAGUCAACUAAUCCCUAAAGUAAGAUGUUUUGUUCUAAACCCAGUGAUUGAGCAGCCGUGUAUAAAGUGACCAUAACUCUGUCUACACUCAUCUUACCUACCAGCUAAAUAAUUGCUUUCUAGACUUUUUUUUUUUUUUUAAUUGACUAAGGUGACUGCUUGAGGCUCAUUUGCCUUCCCCUGUACAUGCACAAAGGUGAGAAGUGGUAUGAAGAAUGAUGAAAUGUUUAUUUUUCUAACAAAAUUCUCAAUUUGACUAAGUCUUUAGAAUGGGUAGAAAAACACAAUGCUUAGACUUUCUGCCCUGGGAAUCUUAGUCAGAGUAACCCUCAUUCCAAUAAUUAUAUAUUUUAAUCCUGAAUUACUCUAAACACUUUCUACAUCAUUUAUAAUAUAUAUAUAUAUAUAUAAAGAGAGAAAGAGUGGUUAAUAAAAUUCAUAGGACAAUGUUUUGAAUUUUCUUUACUGCUAAAGUAGAACAUUUAUAUAGAAAGAUUUUUUUUGUGAGAGUUUGUUGUAUAAUGUGGAACUACAGGAUUUGUGUAACUUUCUAGGUGUCAUUUACCAAUGUAUUUUACUGUUGUGGAAAAAAUAUUUAAGCAGUCAUCGUUACUUUUACUCUUUAACCUUAAACUUAUUAUGUGCCUAAUAAGGAGAAUCCCUCGAUCUUGAGCUAUGCACUGUAUUUAUGCUGACAGGCUUCAGACCUCUUAGAAGGUGCUUCCUUUAACACUCCUCAUGCCUAGAAAUCGCAGCCUUGCUUUCCUGGCCAACUGAGCUUUGAGUAAUGAUUAGGACCAAUAUUAUUUUUUUCCACUCAAACCAUUUUGUGAUAAGGCAGGACAAUAACUAAAUAGACACUUACUAGCUAUGUUGUCAUGGAAAAAUAGCUGGACCCAAUUCCAUCCAUUUAUCCAUCAGAUAAUAGGCUAAAAGAAAGCAGAUGUUUUAUAUUAACCCCCACAUAUAGAGUUUAUAAAAACACUGGCUGGCUAAGUGUUAGUUGUGAGUGUGUGCAUUUUUAUUUAGUUAUUAAUGUUACAGGAUUGUUCUGAUUUUUUUUUUUUUCUCUUAAAGACUUGUCUUUAAGCUUAGAUGUCAGCAAAUCCCUUAUUUGACUGCAGAUGGAGGUGCACACCUUGCAUCUGCGCUGUUACAGGUCUGCCUCAGGGCAGCAUUUUGCUGGAUCGGAAGAUGAGGUUCUUUAACUUGCAUAUCCCAUUAAAGCAGCUUUUUUUUUUUUUUUUUCUUUCUUUUUUCUUUUUUUCCUUUCUAAAUACAUGCUCAGGUGUUAAACUGUUUUCAAAAGACAUUGGCCUUUUAUAUGAACAUACUGAAAAUCAUGUCAGUGGUACUUGAUGUUUGUAAGAAAGAACCUUAUGAAGAUCUCACCUUUUAGAAUAGGCCAUUUUUCAAAGAGUAAAAAUUAUGCCUGCCUGUUAGGAAUCUGCUGAAAGCUGAACAUCUGACUUUUCAGGCUGUGCCUCUGGGUUAGAUGUGUUUUAAAGAGUGACCGUCAAAUGUUAGGAGGGUUAACUUGGUUUUCUUAGAAAAAUGUACAAGGAACUCAACCUAUUGUUACAUGCAAGAAGGCAAUUCCAGCUCACCACUGACCACAGUCCAAUCAGGUAGCAGAUUAGAGGCAGGAUUUUGAUUUUUGCUAAUGAGAGAAACUCUGGUGCCCUAAUUGCAUGAGAAAGCAGCGCUAUUUGGUUCAUUGUUUGGCUUCUCAAAGCCGAUGCUACGAAGGCUGGAAUGAAACAGUAACUGAUGAUCGUGGGUGCGCAAAGAGCUGCCUGGGCAUCGCUUUUCCAGUCAACAGUUUCCUCCCGAUCUCAUGCUGCAGCCAGCAAGAUCUGUGCAAAUGAUUUCUGUCUGCCCUGGCUCAUCAGAGAUCAAUUCUUUUUUCCUAGAAUAACAGGUAGUUAAGAACAAUGAUGAGAACGAUGAAAGAGUAAAAACCUUCAAAUUCAUGGGCAUUGUGGAGAAAUUUCCAGCUUUUUCUGAUGAAGACAUUCAGAAUGUAUGUAACAGUAUUUUAACGAUGAUGAUUAUUAUAUUACAUUGACUUUAUGUUGUGACAGACGUACUUUUUCCUGGUAGUUACUUGUUCUUUAGAGCAGUCAACAUCAUAAGCUCCCCAAUGGCACUUGGUCAUUUUUUUUUUUUUCUCUAGUACUUGAUUUUUCCUUUUGGCUGAAACAAGACUUAAGUAUGUGGUAUAUAGGGUAGUUCUGCAUCUUAUUUUUAUUUAACAAGUUACAAAUACAUGGCGAUGCUAAUCUCACUCCAGUCCGAAGAUUUGCAUCUUGUUGCUAGAAGAAAAACCCUUCAGAAAUGACUGGAACCGUUCAGUUACACAUCUUUCAGCUGGUUUACACAUGUAUCUGUAAAAGGUUUGGUAUUAAUGGGAAAAACGAUCCUUUUUUUUUUUUUUUUUUUUUUUUUAUUGUUUAAACAUUUACCAUUGUGUUUGUUGUCUGCUUUCUAAUUUAAAAUGUGUUUUGCAGGGCUCUGAGCUCUGUAGCUUCCUGCCUGGCUGUGGUGGAUGCCCCGGGGGUGGAGAUGGGGGGGUUGGCUCAGAGCUCGGGGAGGUGCCGGGGGAGCACCAGCCUCUCGGGCGCGCUGCAUCCGUUCGCUUUGUCAUUCCAAAUCUGUUGGGGCUGGUUUGUUUUUUGAGCUUUCGUUUCUUUCCACUCACUUUGUACUUUUUUUCUUUUAUUAAAUUUCAUGUGUAUUUUGAGUUUUUGUGGUGUCAUUUAUUUAGUGGUGGAUUUUCUGUGUUAAUUAGUAGAUCUCUGUUGAAAUAAUAAUGUGUAACGGUUGGAAGCUUACCAGCCAUAGGAUGUCUUAUGACUAUUGGGAACAUUCAAAAAUAAAAUCAGCUAAUUUCUACAUCGUACAGUAUGUAGAAAAGCACCUCGUCUGUAAUCUGGGGAGAAAUUCUAAGAUAUUCAUUCAAAUGCCAUCCCUAUUUGGGCAAAAGUUGUCUUUAAGCUUCUUGGCACUUUUCCUUUGUGGGAUCAGGUGGCUGAGCAAGUAGAUUUACUGGCAGUUUCGCUGUUGUAAUGGUGCUGAAAGAGCUGAUUUAAGGGCAGGAUGAAAAGGGAGAGGAGAUGGGGGGUGAUGCUAUCCUAAUGGUUCUUCCAAAGCUGCAUGUUUUUUCUGGAGAAGCACAUCAUACGCUUUUUGACUUAGAUCAAGUCCAAAAAAAGAGCACAGCUUCAGUUUGGGGAUCUUUUUUUCAGAGGGAGCUGCUGCUGAAACUUUACCUGUUCUUGGUGUCUGUUCUGUGGGCCAUUGCUGCGUGUGAAGUUACAUUCAGUUAAUUUAGGGUCUCCCUGGGUUUUGGUUUGGUUUUUUUUUUUUUUUUUUUUGGUAUUGGACUGAGAUCAGUGUUGCACUUAAGAGAGAACUGGCAAGUGGAGUUUGGCUGAUGCAGUGUUUGCUGAAGUGGUGCUCCUGACGGGAGUUUUUCCUGCAGCCCCAGUUUCAAGAACAAAACCAAGUCAGUGAUCCUGGCUGCUUCCGAAAUCCUUUUGGAAAAGUGCAGGUGGACUGUGCUGUGGCUGCCGGAGUUGGCUUGUGUGCGAGCCCUCUGCUUUUUGCAUUUAACACUCAGCUUGCUUCGAAGACAGAGGGCACUUCUGCCCAUCGUAUGCGCUCCCUGUUUGCAUCCCACCUCCUUCCAAGGCCGGGACGAUUACCCCAGCGGUACGGGGGUCCUGUGCUGCACAGCCUCCCACAGAGAGCUGACCAGAGGCGAUGGUUGGAGCUGGGGUGGUUUCGCCUGUAGCAAUCACCAACAAAGUGGAGGUGAAAGUCGGAGCCUGCGCUGGGUUAGAGCUGUCACUUGAGGCUGCUAAAUUUUUGAAGGAUGAGGCUUAGUGGGGACUUAGCAGUUGAUACCAAGUGGUUUGUAUAAAAUGUUUUCCAACCUUUUCCAUCCCGAUCCUUUUGAAAGCCAAAGCUUGUAGGAGACCAGAGAAGAGAAAGUGCGUUCAGGUACAUAAAAAUGAAUUGGGCAACUGAAGUGGUAAAGUAGCUGAUAAUUUUAAAGGUGGGCCACCUCGGGAUUCAGGAUGACGUACGUUGGCGAGUAUUUUUCCGCAGGAGCGCUGUUAAGCUCAUUCAUUAACAUUUGUGUAAAGCUCCCCGCGAUGCUUGCGAGGGGACGGGAGAUGCGAAGUGUUGUUAUAAAAGCAGUUUGGCGGCGAGGUAGCUACUGCCCGGGCUUUGCAGCUCCAGAGCUGAAGCGCAGUGCCCAGGCCCUGGGACACUCUGGUGUUUUCCGUUUGGGAGGCAGCCAGGGCAGAGCGAAGCCGCCGGCUCAGGCUACGACGGCUCCACAGCUCUCCCAGCCCCGCGUCUCCGGGCACCGUCAGCAGUCUUUCCUCAUUAAGAUUUUAAAUCCAUCCUCUGAUUACCGGUUCCAAACAAGGUCUUGGCAGCCGUGAGAGCUUCUCCCAAGUUGCGCUGGUUUAAAUUCAGAUGUUGUAUCCAGCCCCGCACGCUCAGGCGGCAGAUGUUGGAUUUGUACUUUGACCUUUCAUGCUGUCUUUACUUCAUGUAAAUAAUUGAAACUUAA